AUGUCAGGUCGGCCGCAGGUCGGUAUCGACCGACUACCUGCACGCCGCAUGAGCAAUGAGCCACGAGAAUCAAUGAAUUGCAAGUCCUGCCGGAAACGGAAGAUUAAAUGCAAUCGGUUGCGACCGACUUGCGAGGCAUGUCAGGUCUUCCAAUGCCCAUGUAUAUAUGAUGCCGUCCCUAAGAAACGCGGACCAAAGACAGAUGUGUUAGAGGCUUUGCUGAAGAGGGUGGAUGGUUUGGAGAAGAGACUGAAGGACGAGAACAAGGCGCAUUUGCCAAAUGAUGAUACUGGAUCAGUGGAGAAAGAAGAAAAUGUCAACCAGGACACGAAACUGGAGCGACCCCAAAUUGAUACUGUUGAUACUGGGGAAGAUUCCACCAUUUCAAGAAGUGAACCCCCAGGAGCUGUUCAGCCUGAUGCCCUCGUCAAUACGUAUUUCACUCGAUGUCAUGGCAAACCAUAUCACAUCCUUGACGAGACCACAACUCGACAAAAAAUCCGACUCAAGCAACUUCCAACGUACCUCCUCUACGCGAUAUACGCUGUCAGCGCUAGAUAUACGGCACAUCCAAAUGGAUAUUAUGCGGCAGCGGGGUUGAGUGAGGAUUACGCAUUACGUGCAAGGACUGAGUUGGAUAUUGACGAUCCAUCAAUAGACUGUUUACAGUCCCUUUUGCUCCUUACAGAAGCAUUCACUGCAGCUGGGAAGGGCAAGAAAGCGUAUAUGCUACUAGCCAGUGGUAUUGGAAUGGCGCUUGCACUGGGAUUGCAUCGAGAAUGUGACUCCAAGAUCAAAAUGACGCCCAGCGAAAAAGAAAUGCGCAGACGGUUAUUCUGGUCCAGUUAUGUGAUGGAUAGGUUCAUGGCAUGCGGCUCAAAACGACCUUCCUUGAUCGCGGACGAGUCCAUUAUGCUACGCUUUCCAUCCUGGCGUCCAAACCCAGCAGCGCUCCCAGUUGAGGGCGAGUUUUUCCAAAACGGAUCAAAUCUACAGUACCACUCGGGAUCCGGAAAGAAAAGCCAAGGCAGCACUGGAUUACUCAUAGAUAUUGUACGCAUUCUUGGAAUUACAAAUCGAUAUCUGGCCGCUGGGGGAGUGAGAGGAGAUAGCCACUUUCCUUGGCAUUCAUUGUCAAAUCUCUCAAAAAUCCGGCAGGACCUGGAUACUUGGGCAUCUGGGACGCAGGAUGUCUUCUCUUCUAUUGACACGCUAUUCGGACAGCCAGACAGUACGGUAUGGGUACUGAGUAAACUCGUCUACCACCUAGUUCAUUGUUUAAUAUACCGACCUUUCCUCCCAAUUGACCUGUCCGAACUGGCGGGAACGGGCCAACAUCAAUCUUGGCAAAUAGAAGCCACGAAUCUAUGCUUCCUUCAUGCAAAUGCAAUCGCUGAAUUGGUAGAACUGGGAAAGCAGUCGUCUGGAAUUGGGUGGCCUGCCUUCGUUGGGUACUGCAUAUGUACGGCCGGCACGGUGCAUGUUCAUGGAGCGCACUAUAAGGGGGGCAGGGAAGGAGAAGUCUUCUCAGCCAGUGCAGACUUCCUCUCCCGGGAGAUGAAGCAACUAUCAGAACUUCGCUAUACCUGGGCAUCAGUACAACACCAACGGGAGACUCUGCAAACGAUCUACGGCUGUCAUUCAGAGCUGGUCAAAUCCUUGGCAAGCAAUCCAACGAGGUACUCUCCAGUAUUUCACUUGGAAGAUUUCUUCGACCGCUACAGCGACCUGGGGCAAAUCAUUGACGGGACUCAUAUCUCAUUUUCUGACAUCCUAACUGAUCCUACCCACGAGCCAUACACUGGCCACGACAUUUACGCCUCCCGAUCUUCCAACUUACAAAAUGCAGCUUCUCAGAUCUCGCUGAAACGCCGCAGAUCCUCGUCCUCACGCAAGAUACACGAUUUGAAAAUUCCACGUCGGAACUCAAAUGGACAUGCCGAUGCUAAUUCAUUGCUCUCUCCAGUGGGCACUAUUAACAGUGAGCGACAUGCCCCAGACACGAAUUUGAAUAUUCAAACACCAAGCAUGCUAGAGACCCCAUUUCCGAGGGAUGCGAAUGGUAUGCCGAAUCUCUCUCAGACGCCUUUCUCACCCCCAUUUGCAUGUUCCUCUCUUCAAGUCCCCGAGAAUUACGAUUCGAUGUUCGGGAUCGCGGGUCUCAAUUCUGGCACUCCAGGGGCGUUGAACGGGGGCGUUAUGCCAUCGCCCCAGAUGAAUGGGGAUGCGUAUGAUUAUGGUAUGGAGCAGCCGCCAGUGAUGACACCUGGGGGAAGGAGUAAUGGGGAGAGUUCUGGGGCUGGUACGAUUGGGCGGGAUGGCGAGGAGAAGGAUCCGUUCCUGAGUUUGCUGGAGCAGCUGGCAGAGAAUGAACAUUCACUUGGCGGGCCGAGCGAGUUGGACUUCUUCCUGAACGGGGCAGCGAAUGCUUGA